GUUGUGAUUCAUCCGUUGUUUUGUUCUGUGGUGCGUCUUUUAUUUAAUUUGAAACUCAUCCAUAGGACAAAGUGAUUGUUUUAUAUUUAUAAUUUUAGUUUACUGUUUGUAUUGUGGUACAAAUUAACAAGUUGUUGGUUUUGCGCUAUUUAUUUAGUUUGCGUUGGAUUUGAGGUUUUCAAAAUGAAGAAGUGGACAUUUUCGAUUGCAAUGGUUAUAUUGCUUUACGUAGGGCGGAGAGCAAAUGCACAACUAUCUAAUAAAUUUAAAGUUUGUGCCAAAUUUGGCACAUACAAUGAAUGUCAGCAACUAGACCGCACAAACGAAAUUGAAUGCAAAAAGAAUUUUCACAGCGUCGAUUGUUUAAUAAAUGUCAACUCGGGGGCUAGUUCUUUUGGGAGUGUAACAGCAGAAGAAGCACUUUUAGCAAACCCCUUUCUACAAAAUGUUGUAGUUUUGGGUGAAUACAGAUCAGAACCCUAUUUGGAUGAUUCAGUGUUUCAAACAGUGGUUCUGGUGAAAUCUACUUAUUCUGGUGGGUUUUCUGGUCUAAGUGGUGCUAGGUACUGUCAUCCCGGAUUUAAAUACGACUUGGAGGUGACUGAUUUUCUUUUGAAAGAGUUUGAAUUGCAAUUAUUUAAUUCGACUUCCUUAAAUCUGUGUAAUGCUGAAACAACUACAUCAACCCUCGUGGAGAAACACGUUAAAACCCUUGCUGACUUCUUUGGACCUUCUUGUAGACCUGGACCCCUUACAGAAGAUGUAAGCUUCAAUCAACAACUCAAGGAAAGUUAUCCAUCCUUGUGCGAAUUGUGUUCAGAUAAUUGUGCACCAUUCACUGAUCAAUUGUUCAUGUCUUCAUUGAUCUGCCUUACACAGAAGAACGGAGACGUUGCAGUAUCUUCGUUAAACAGUGUUCGAAACUUCUUCAACAUUUCAGAUAAUAAAGAUAAGGCACAGAAUUACAGAUACUUGUGUAAAAAUGGGACAGUUACUACUUUGGAUAAUCCAUGCGUUUGGUCUAAACAGCCAUGGGACUUGUUAAUAGCCAAUAAUGACAUUAAGGACACUCUUUUGCCUCAAGUGAAGGUUUGGUUGCAGUCUCAUUCAAUAUCUGAAGGUGGAUCUUACAGCGCUGGUAGCCCUCUUAGUCCAACUUCUCGGGAGAGUCUUAUUAGCGUUUUAAUGCCUGAAGAUAGGAAAUUUAAAAAAAUUAAAUUCUUUGACAAUCCUGUUAAUUUAACGACCUAUUUAAGUGGUCUUCGAAAUGUUUCCACAGCAACUGAGGCUGUUCAGUGUGGCACAACAGUCAAUUGGUGUACCGUAUCGAAUGCAGAACAGGAGAAGUGCAACUGGUUGGCACAAGCAGGAGCGAAUAGGGGGAUCCAACCAAUUGUAAAUUGUGUACAGGCCACGGACAAACUCAGUUGUAUCAGCCAAAUUUACAAUGGAGUUGUCGACGUUGUUGAUAUUGACACCAACUUUGGGUAUUUGGCAAGAAGAAAUGGCCUUUCUGCACUGGCCUUCGCAGAAACUGUAACACGAAAUUUAACUACGGUGCUAAUCGUUGUUAAAAGCAACACAACUGAUAUUAACAUUGAAGGACUUAAGGAUAAAAAGGGAUGCUUCCCUGAAUAUGCAGGAAUUGAAUGGUUGGCGUUUGCAAAUAAAAUCCGGCCCAGGUCAACUUGUGACUUGGAAGUGGUAGUGAGGGAUUUUGUUGGGGAUUCUUGUAUGCCAGGUGCCCACUCCAAUGAUCGCAGACCUGUCAGUAAUGGCUACGAUUCAAAAUUGUGUGGAUUGUGCCAAGUGAAUCCAGCUAAUCAAGGAUCAACUGCCACAACUUGUAAUACUGAUUCAACAAAUCUGUUUUAUGGGAACGAAGGUGCCUUAAGGUGUCUCCAAUCUACCGGAGAAUUUGCCGUCAUUAGUAAAAACAAUUACAAUGUUGACCCCAACGAGUUUAGAGUUUUGUGUGCGAAUGGAUCUCUGGCGUUAUAUACUGGAUUUAAUGUUGAUCAAAAUUGCGCCCUCACGGUUGUUAUUAACAGUGAAGUCAUUGUAAAAAAUAGUAAUCCAAAGAUAAAGGAUUUAUCAAUCGCCAUAUUCGAAUUUGAAAGGUGGUUUGGGCAAGACAGUAGGAAACCUUUCGAGUUGUUCAAUCAGUUUAAUUCCACCUGGGAUCUACUCUUUAAGGAUUCCACCCCUGGUUUGGACAGCGCCCAGUCUCAAAAUCAGUACGUAACAAACUACAAAAACCAGGUUUCUGCAGUGUGUUCCACUUCUUUAAGUACAAAAACCGCCGCAUCUUUGCUCACUAUAUUUUUAGCAAUUUUAUCAGUAAGACUGAACUUUUAGAACAUUUUAAAUAAACAUCUUAACACUUGUGGAAGCAUGCAGUCAUUGUUGUCUUAUACUUAACUGCCAACAAAUAUUUUUACUAAUGAUAGUUCUAAAAGAGAGUAUAAUUGAUUAAAUAAUUAAUAAAAACUUUUUCGUUGACAACGAAUCGAUUGCAUGUACGUUGUAAGAUUUACUAAAGUAUUUUUGUUGUUUUGAAUAAUUAGAUUACUUUUAUAUGGCAUCGAAUUAAGACCAGUUACAGUAAUGGUGUUUUUCGUGUUCAAUUGUUUUUUAAUAUAUUAUAUUAAGCCAUUGAUUUUAAUAAAAAUAAAUUUAAUUACGUGUU